AUGAAGAUCCGAUUUCACAAUCCUUUAGCCGCGGUUUUAGCUAUACUGUGUAUCUGCGAACAUCUUGUUUUUUCUGAAGAGUCGGAUUGUUUUUCAUAUUCAGAUAAUUUUUUAUCCGUCGAUGAAGAUACUUCAGUAGGAGAAACAAUAGCUUAUUUAAAUUCCGAAGGGACUGCUGGCGGUUCCAACUCAACAAUAUUACAUUUAGGUACAAUGGAUGGUUCAGAUGUUCCAUGUACUGAGUAUGUAGUUUUAGAUGAAGAGAUGCAGGCAAUUAACUUAACAAAAGCAUUGGAUAGAGAUGAGCCAGUUGGAAUAAAAUCCAUUUCAUGUAAACUUACUUGCACAGAUCGAAUCCUUGGUUUUCAAGUGGAUUAUAUUAUUAAUUUUCAUGUUGAGGACGUCAACGAUAAUUAUCCUUAUUUUGUGGGUGAGCUACCAUAUCAUACAGCAGUUAGCGAGCUGGAAGACGUUGGGACAAUCAUCUUCAGAGUUUCAGCAGAGGAUCCAGAUAGUGGUGGAGCUGUCAGUUAUUAUAUCAGACCAAAUCCUGAUGACCCGGAGUCAAAUGAAUCAUUUAGUAUCAGUCUGCCCUCUAUUGGAGACAUAAAACUAACCAAGACGCUAGACUACGAGUCAAAAAAAGAAUGGAGAAUUCUCGUUGAGGCAAAGGACCGUGAUCAAGUGGAUCCAAAGAGUACAACCACUAUAUUAACGGUGACAGUACAAGAUGGAGAUGAUCAGGGACCCCAGUUUCUACCUUGUAUUAGAGUUGACAAUGUGUGUGCGAUGCAAACUUACACAACUCAUAUACAAGAAAAACAGAAUAUCACAGGGUUUUUUGAGUUCAGUCCUGGUCCCAUCUUUGCCAUUGAUCAAGACGUAAACAUUUCAACAGAAAUUAUCUACUCAUUUUUACAAGGUUCUCCUCCAGAAUAUAUAGACUAUUUCGAAAUUCAUCCACAUACUGGAAAUAUUACACUAAAAACACCAGUAGAUAGAGGGCUCUUCCAAUUCUUCAGCCUAACAAUUAAGGCACAGGAAGGUACCAACACGGCAAGAUAUCAAACUGCUAAUGUUGACAUUUACAUUGAUGAUGUGAACGAUAACAAACCGGUAUUCUUAGAAACAAGCUAUAGUGGUUUUGUUAAAGAAAAUUCUGCUGUUAGCACGACGGUGGUUACCACAGCAACUGGGACAUCACCUUUGCAGAUUAUAGCUGUGGAUCUGGAUAUAGAUGAGGGUGUUAGUCCGCAAUUAGAGUACAAAUUCAUAGGUGCUGAUGGGUGGUUCAGUCCAAGUAAAAUUGGUGAUACUUUAUAUGUGGUGGUCAGUGGUGAACUGGACAGAGAAAUGAACACCAGUUUCUUUUUCUGGGUUGUUGCUAUGGAAACCACCACAGAGGAGACGAUGGAGAGUGAUCCAGUUGCAAUUACCGUGACAUUAUUAGAUGAAAAUGAUAACUAUCCCAUAUUUGCCGGCGGAAAUAACUACAGAGUAAUGGUGAAAGAAGACGCCAUAGUUGGUUCAGUGAUACUAAGUCUGACGGCAAGUGAUGAAGACCUGGGAGACAAUGGUAUAAUUGAUUUCAGCAUUACACAUAUUGCCAAUGGUGCAAGUGAUUUGUUUAAUAUCAAUCAAACCAAUGCCACUGCAGUUAUUACACUAGCAAAGUCAGAACUGGAAGCCAGGAAAGAAUACACCAUAACAGUAAUGGCAAAAGACAGGGGUCCAGAAAACAAUCAAAAAUCCACGCUUGCAUUCGUCACUGUGGAUGUUAUACCAAGUCUGAAUGCCAGGAAGCCUGUGUUUACAGAGAAUCCAUUCCAUGCAUCUGUUAGUGAGAGUGCUCUCCCAGGAAAUGUCUUUGAAACCGUUACAGCAACAGAUGCCGACGGUGAUACGCUGCAUUAUAAUAUCACUGGAGGUGACCCAGACAAUGAGUUUUCAAUCAAUGAAUUCAGUGGUGAAGUAUCAAUUACAACUAGUCUCAACAGAGAGAGGCAGUCUUUGUAUAUUUUGACGGUCUCAGCAACUGAUCUUAAUCAGACUGUAACGACAGAACUCAUUGUCACUGUGCUGGACAUUAAUGAUAACAAUCCUAUAUUCAACUCAACAUGGCCGUCAGUCUUCAGUAUAUUGGAAGGUCAAAUUGGUAUUGUGGGACAGGUGCAGGCAUAUGAUCUUGAUGAACCGAACACUGUAAAUUCUCAAGUGGAGUACACGCUAACCUCAGAUAAAUUCAACAUCUCACCACAAGAGGGCGUGAUUUCAACCAUCGUAGCUUUAGACAGGGAGCAACAGAGUGUUUAUGAAUUGGUAGUGACAGCGCAAGACCAAGCAGAUUCACCGAGAAGUUCCACGGCAACAUUUACAGUCAUUGUACUUGAUGAGAAUGACCAUGGACCAGUAUUCGCAAAUACUUACUACGAGUAUACAGUCCCUGAAAAUGUAUUAGAAAAUGACUUUUUAACUGUUCAGGCAACAGAUGAAGAUGAGUCUGCCAUUUUGAAUUAUAACAUAACGACCGGGGAUGCCGGUUUGUUUGGCAUCAACAGUCUGACUGGGUCACUAUCUCUUCUGACCACUCUAGAUUAUGAAACAAAAGAGAAUUAUAUUUUGACAAUUUCCGCCAUAGAUAUUCAUCAGAUAGAUGAAACUAUAGCAACUGCAGAUACCACAGUUUUCAUUCAUGUGGAGAAUACAGCAAAUGGUGCAAUCAGAUAUUACAUUGUACCACCCAAUGAAUUCUUCACGAUGUUGGAUGAGCAGCUGGGUGUAAUUGUUACGAAGACAAACCUGAAAAAAACAACACUCAAUGAAUACAUUUUAACUGUAGUUGCGUAUGAUGGGGGAGUACCGCCACUAAAUGACACAGCUUUAGUAAUUAUUCAGAUAACUGACCGAGAACGAGAGAAGCCCGUAUUUGAACAAAACAUUUACAGAGUGAGUGAUUUGAAAGAAGAGCAGCCUGCUGGCACUCCAGUCAUGGAAAUUCACGCAACUGCACCGUCUGGUGACCAGAUUGACUACCACAUUGUAUCCGGUAGCGGAAAUGAAUCAUUCCGAAUUGAAAGUCAAGACAGCACAGGUUUUAUUUACACCACAGAGGUUCUAGACAGAGAAGUAACAGCAUCUUAUAUAUUGAUAAUAGAAGCUUCACUUCAAGAUGAUAUGGACGCAGAGUCUGGGAAGAGAAAAAAAAGAUCAGAAUCUAAUAUUGCAGAAGUGAUUAUAGAAUUAGAAGAUAUCAAUGAUAAUCCACCUAUGUUUACGCAAAGUAAAUACAUCGGUGGGGUCAAUGAAGAUGCCAGUCCUUUCACGGACGUACUAAAAGUAUGGGUGCUGGAUGCUGAUGAAGGCCCUAGUGGGGAGGCCAACUAUUCCAUUAAGCGUGAUGGAAUCAGCAAUGACGAGGUACUUCAAGCGAGUUACUUUCAGAUUGACCGGACUACAGGGUUGAUAGAGACCACUGUAGCCAUCACAGAAAAAGCCGGGAGUAAAUAUGAAUUUACUGUAGUUGCUGAAGACAAUCCUUUCGGAGAGCAAAGAUUCAUGGCACAAGCGGAAGUAUCAAUUUCUGUCAUAAAUAAGGACAAUAAAGUGGUGCUAGUCGCUGAUGUCCCACCUACAGUUAUCAAUGAUAAUAUAGAUCGUGUUUUAGAAGUAUUGGAAGAAAUACUUAACACCACAGUGGUUUUAGAGAAGGUUGGAUCACGACAAUAUGGUGAUGAUUAUGAGAAGACAAACCCCUCACAGACGGAUAUUUUAUUCUAUGCAAUUGAUGAGAAUGGGAAACCAAUGAGCAGAGAAGAAAUUAUGAGGAUUUUGGCAGAGAAUGAAGCCCUUUUGAAUGAGUUGUUCAGCAGUUUCCUGCCCGGAAAAGUUGUUACAGUGCGGCCUCCAGAAACGGCUAUAAUCACACGAUAUUAUUCGCUAGCGCACACGGACGCGGCGUUGAUCUCACUGGCUUGCAUCCUGUUCGUUCUGAGUUUCAUCGCGAUAAUCGUCAUUUGGUGUUCUUGGAAACAGUAUGUGUAUUUUUCCUCCAUGGUUGAUAUCAACAUGUUGAUGACAGAUGGGAAAUAUCAGGCUACUGGGUUGGUUUCCAUGGUGAUUUAG